CCGCUCGGCCUCUCUUGACCCGAUGUCAUCUAACCUCUCUGACAGCCGCUGUGAUGGCCAGCAACCAUGCGGCCAAUGUCUCUCAAGCCGGGCGCCCAAACGCUGCUUUUAUGACAAGCACAGACAGCGCGUCAUCCCUUCGCGCAAGACGCUCGAGGCACUCUCACAGUCUCUCGAGGAAUGCCGCUCUGUUCUCAAGCGCCUCUUUCCCCAUCAAGACGUACAGUCACUACUUCCAUUAUCUCGCCACGAUCUUCUUGGUCUACUCGAACAUCCGGUCCUGGACACGCCAACCGCGCUCCCUUCACCGCCUCUCAACACGUCCCCCCUCUCACAGGAACUAGACUCCCCGGUUUGCUCCGGCUCCGAGCGGGGCUUCUCAAGCCUCGAGCUCAUGCCUGGCCGGGAUACAGAGUGGGACGAAGAACGCCGCGUGCGCGAUCCCAUCCCUAUUGAGGCCGACGAUGUGAACGCUCUUUCGCUCUCCGUGGACCGGCAAUCAUCAUAUCUCGGCGCCUCUUCGAUCAAAGCCGCACUCAUGUGCCUCAUGAAGGUUCAGCCGGCACUCCGCAAUGCGCUCAGCAUGCCGCUCCAGACCGCCGAAGUCGCACACAGCUUCCCAUCCAUGCAACAGAGAGGCGCCGUGCCUAAGGAGACCCAACGCAUCCCGUGGUCAUGGAAGGGGCAGACGCUCAUUGACGCUUACUUCAAGCGCAUUCACGUCUUCGUUCCCAUGCUGGACGAGGCCGCUUUCCGAGCCGAUUAUCUGGAAGGCCAGCGCUUUGAUGCCCCCUGGCUAGCACUGCUGAACAUGGUCUUUGCCAUGGGCAGUAUCGUCGCCAUGAAGUCGGACGAUUACAACCACAUCAACUACUAUAACAGGGCCAUGGAGCAUCUGCCCAUGGAUGCCUUUGGCAGUAGCCAUAUCGAAAUGGUGCAAGCCCUCGCGCUGAUUGGAGGCUACUAUCUACACUACAUCAACAGACCCAACAUGGCCAAUGCCGUCCUCGGCGCCGCCAUAAGAAUGGCGAGCGCCCUCGGUCUUCACCGAGAGAGCCUGGCUCAAGGGUCGAGCGACAUCGCUGCCGCCGAGACCAGACGCCGCACAUGGUGGAGUCUCUUCUGCCUUGACACGUGGGCCACGACAACCAUGGGACGACCCUCAUUCGGGCGAUGGGGUCCUGCCAUCAACAUCCGGCCCCCAGAGUUUGGAAUCAACCAGGGCCGGGACUCUGCGCAGCACGCUGGCAUCUUGCCGCUCAUCGAAAACAUCAAGUUCUGCAAGAUUGCCACGCAGAUCCAGGACCUGUUGGCUAUUUCGCCCCUCCUGCGUGCGGAAGACCGUUGCAACCUCGACAGACAGCUGGUCAACUGGUACAGUAGCCUACCAUGGCUCCUGAGGACGACCGACCCCUGCGCCGAGCCGCUGUACAUUGCCCGGUGCAUCAUGAAGUGGCGAUACCAGAACUUGCGGAUGCUCCUCCACCGACCCGUCCUGCUUAGCCUGGCUAGCAACGGCUCGCUGUCUCACGUGGCGGAGCAGGACGUCGCAGCCAUUGAGACGUGCCGCGAGCUCGCGAAGCAGACCAUUGAGGACAUUGCCCGGGAAUGGACUCGCAACCAAAUGUCUGGAUGGAACGCUGUGUGGUUCCUCUACCAGGCGGCCAUGAUCCCGCUGGUCAGCACGUUCUGGGAAUGGAAUAGCCCGCGCGUGGCCGACUGGCACCAGCAGAUCGAGACGAUCCUCGACUUGCUGGAGGCCAUGGAGGAUUGGUCAUUGGCGGCGAAGCGUAGCCGAGAGGUCGUGUGGCGAAUGUACGAAGCCUCGAGACAGCCGUCGAUGCGGUCAGAGAGCCCUCUGCAAGGGUUGGCGGGCGAGCAAGGGAUGCUGAUGGCGGAGGCGGAGCUGCACAUGUCACCCAUCGGCCUGGAGCCGGAAGGGAUGGGCAUGAUGAGCAUGCUCGAUCAGCAUGGACUAUGGGAUAUGGACGGCAUGUAUUGGGGCCAGGGUCCUGACCAGGCCGUCGACUUUUCCCCAUACAACGUCAACGAGCAUAUGAUGCACAUGGACUACGGUAUGAUGGGCAGCCAGGUAGCCGGCAUGGAGGGCGGCUUCUUCGUCCAUUGAAUGUGUCUGAUUGGGUAUUUGCUAAGGCUUUGUUUUCUGGCACAUAUCUUUUCUCUCUUUCUGGUACAUACUUGGAUCCCUGAUGCUAGGAUUGGGACACUUGGCGGAGGGCACUAUAGCCGAAGCCAGAGAUGCUGUACAUAAGCUCGCAUGUCCAAAAGGGUGAGCAAAACCAGUGCUCGGAGUUUCUGGAACGUACGCCGGUCACAUUGACGGGGCAAAAAAGAAAAGGGGGAGAAAAGAGGAGGGUGGCGGGCGCCUGAAAGCAUGGAAAACGGGACACGAGGCGGGCAAAGGUUACUGGAAACGCCCCGAAAUGACGAUGACGAUUUUACGUAUGACCUGCAAUCAAACGAGACCCUAGAAGAAUACAGACUGUGACAAGAGAGCCUGAAGCUCAAUCUAACCCCGGGCCCGGCCGGCCGUUGGCAACAAUGACAUCGGCCACGUGUGUUUUGCCAUGCGGGUCGCU